ACUGAGUGGAAGUGGGAUUGUUACUGUUUCCCUCCUCCCAGCGAGAGCAGGACGGGAUCCCGGCGGUGUGGAGGGAGCAGUGCGAGGAGGAUUGCUCUGCGGGAAGAUGGACAUGCUAGCAGCGCUCUUCGUGUUGGGGAUCAGCAGCGCUCUGGCCCUGGGGAAUGAAAUGAAACUUGCUGCUCCUGAAGACAUUGAUGGCUCUGGGGAUGAUGGGGAUUACUCUGGAUCAGGAGCAUAUGAAUCUAAGACUGUAAAUGACUUCUCAACACCUGCACCACCUCUGGUGUCCUUGGAGCCACAUAUGCCAUCUACAGUCCAGCAACCAGACAUCUUGGUUAAAGUGGAAACUGAAGUGGAAGAUACCAUGAAGGUUGAGCAGACCACUAAGCUGCAAGAUUUAAUUGCUGGUGAUCAGACUACUCAAGAAGGCACAACGCUAGUACAAACAACCCAAGACUCCUCUACAGAUGAGUUUAUUGAUGACGAAAAGAAACAUCACCAUCACCACCACCAUCAUCACCAUACUACCACACCUAGUACAACCCUUCCUGUUUCAGAUGAACAUAAUGAGAAUAAAACUAUAAUUCCAGUUGAGGCUGAGGAGCACCAUGUACAGCCUGUAGAACCUACCACGAGUACAGCUGCUGAAGAUUCGGAAAUGGAGAAUGUAAUCCAGAAAGCGACAACUCCUGCGGUUUUAAUACAACAUGGCGUUCAAGAUACCACCUCAGGUUCAACUAGUACACCUUAUGCAGAUAUCGAAGAUCCUAAUGCAGAUACUGAUGAGGCUACAAUCUUGGUUAAUGCUGACUUGACCACAGUUGCUGGCUCUACUACAGAUAAAGAUCAUCAUCAUCCCCACCACCACCACCACCAUCAUCAUCAUCAUCAUCAUCAUGAACAUACGACUUCCUCAAUUGAUGGGAUAAAUGUUCAUGAAGAAACAAGUACAAAGCCAUCUGACAAGAUAGAGUCUUUUGAGGACAUCUUUCUCCAAGGUGAGCCCACAACAUCUGAAGAUAAUAGGCACCACCACCACCAUACAACUACACCCAGUGCUACCCAGCCCACUGAUUUGGAAAAGCCACUUAUGGCCCACACAGAAGCACCAAAGGGCCGGGGUGCCAAUUUUCCACUUGCUAAAGCUACAACUCCCAUUCCAGUGAUCAGUGAAGAGGAACAUAUUCCUGAAGGUGUGGAGCCUGCUGACUUGUCCACUAGCUCAACUUUGCAGGACAAAACAUCCAUAACUCCAGUGCAGGACGAAAAUGAGGAUUCCAUGGACUCUAAAGAGGAAGAUGAUUCUUCAGGAGAAGAUCCGGACUUCUUCAUUGAAGUUACAGCUCCACAAAUAAUUAACAGGGCCCGCCCGCAGUCUGAGGAUGGCUCUGAUGCUUCUCAUGGGAUAAUGGAAAGGAAGGAACUUCUGGCAGGCAUCAUUGCGGGUGGUCUGGCUGGCUUAGUAUUUGCUGCUGCCUUGGUUGCGUUUGUGAUGUACAGAAUGAAAAAGAAGGAUGAAGGAAGCUACUCUCUGGAGGAGCCGAAACAGUCCAACGGCGGUUAUCAGAAACCACGGGAACAGAGGGAGUUCUAUGCAUAAGACCAACACUAUAAAAGUUCUACGUUCAUUUUGUGAUCCUGGUCUUGGCUUCUCCACUUGUAGCUUUAACUCUGUGCGGCUUUGGACUCCCAGGACUAGAAGCGGACAUCAUUUAAGGCAAAAGUCCUAAGUGCCUUUCUCUACAGCGCAAUGCCUGUAAAACUAUAAUGGACUCUCGUUGCGUUUUCAGCGAGGAAGGGAUUAAAGGCUGAUUUGGUUUAUGGUUGUAGGGCUUGAGUGACUCUAGAUGCAGAAAGUUCUUUUGGUGCAAGUCUCUUUCCCACCUUAUUCUGCUGAAAACCUAGCAUUUCUCCAGUGCCUUGCUACCGUUGUAUAUAUUUAGCUAGAUAGUCGUGUGUAUGUAUUUUUUGUUUUUCCCCACAACGGUACAGUGUCUUAAAUCCAUGAUAGCACUUAAACUACAAGUGUUACAUGUGGAAGGUUGAACAAAUACAUUUCUGACCAGAUUACUGUAUGUAAUGGUGUAGAAAGUCAGCCAGAAAUUGGUUCUUUCCAUGCACCUCUAUCUUGUAACUGGGCCACAGGGCUUUUUUUUUUUCUUUUUUCCAUCCACCCUUUCCCCGCAAUUUCUAUAGUAGAUCUUUGAAUUGCUACUUAUUUAUAUACCUAACUUCAAGACCUGCUAGAGAGCUUAACCCCCGCCCCCCCCUCUCCCCUCUUCUAUUGCACUAUUCCAUUGGCAAAUCUGCAGUCCCGUUGAGAGCAGAGGAAGUGUUACCAAAUGCUAAUUUUUAAUUGAGUUUGUCUUAGCAAAUUUGCUUUCUGAGUGUGCAGUGCCAACAUUUUAAUGUGUGUAGUUUUGUGCACAACGUUUUUCUGCUGUAAAGUUAGUUAUUGAGGAUGAUAACCUUGUCUUCCCAGUGAGGGCUUUAAACCUCCCUGCAAAUUGUGCCAUUACGCUGUUAUGCUACCCUUAUACUGUUGUGUUUCAAUACCACGUCACUGCAUAGUCUGUGCAGUUUGUUCUAUAUUCCGGGAGGGAUUAUUAUUAUUUUUUUUUUUUUAAUAUAAAUAUUUAACUUUAUAAAGUAAAGAUGCCCUGUCAAUGUGGGAGGUUUUUUUGUUUUUUUUUCCGGAUGUACUGCAUCUUGUGGGGGUGCCUGUGCGUGCAGUAGGCAGUAAGGUCUGUUUGGUUAAACACGUAACAAGCUCGUCACUAAUUAAAAUUAAUUUUUAUUUUUUAUAUAAUACUGUACAGUUAACUUUUCUGCAAACCUUCAGACCCUCAUCAUCCCCCAUAUGUCACAAACAAAGCAUAUGCGGUUUAAUGCAAUAGGGACUUUCCUAAUGGUUCCAGGAAAGAUGCCACGCCCCCACCUCCUUGCUUUGCGGCUUACGUUAUGCAGUAUUGCUGCAAUGGGACGUACUGUACAUAUGUCAUUCAUUAGUGUAUUGCACACCAGCAGUAUGAGUGUCCAAUCCAUUGUGAUAAAUGUUUAUCUGUAAAUAGGUUUAACAAAGUCUGAUUUGACUGUCUAUCCCUGACUAAUUUUGUAUAAUAGUCGUUGGAGGUGUGGCUCUACAACGGAUUGUGUAACAAUCUCCACAGCCACAGUCUGCCAGUGUUGGCCGUUAAACUACAUUUUUAGUUACUCUACACACUAAAGGGCUUACAACUCAGGGAUAAAUAGGUGAGAAAUGGGCAGUAAACGGUUACUUCAUUUGUUGUGAACUUAUCCACUGAAUGUUCUAUUUCUUUAUUUUUACAACCCAUUCAUUGAUUUCCAAUGUUACUGCCACGCUCCUUCUGACGUUAUAAAAUGUAACAAUGUUUUUCUGCUGUAGAGACCUUUAAUAAAUCAUACCACAUGCCCAUUUUAA